ACUUCGCUUGGAUAUUCUCCAACUCCAACGGACUGUUUGUUUGUUUGUUUUGUUUUUUGUUUUUUGUUUUUUUUUGCAACAAAACUCAGAAAUGGAAAAGCAGGGUUCAAAUGAUGACAACGCCACCAUUAGCGACGUUUCACUCGAAGUAAAUCCUUCGAGUUCUUCAAACAAUCCACCACAAAACCCAGACUCUCAAUCCAACAACGAUCUCGGCAACGGCAACAGCAACAGCAACUGCAACAGCACCAUCACCGAAGCUUUAGCCAAAGCCUUAUCCUCGAUGCUUACUUCUCUCAUCAAAGACUUCGAUUGCAAAGCCCACGAUACUCUCGCCAGCCAGGACCUCCUUAGUUCCUCAAUUGAUCGUCUUACCCGAGAGCUUGAUCAAUUACUGGAAGAUGCUCCGUUGCCAUUCAUAAUGCAGCAUGCUGCCAAGUUUUCAAAUGUCAGAAAGAGAGUUUUGUCAUUGAAUUUACUCCUGAAAUCGAUUCAGCGGCGUGUUGAUAAUAUAGACCGAAUGCUAUCAGGGGGCUCGCAACAUGAUGUAACUUCUAUCCUUCAAACAAGGGAAAUACUCAAGUAUUUAACAGUUUCUUCAUUGUUGCUAAUAUUAAUCAUUAAGCAGUAUCCUCAAUAGUGUAUAUAAGCUCCAUAAAAACACCUAAAAUAAGCAGAUUGUAGAUAGGAUAAACUCUAUACAAAAGUUGAGGUCCAAACAGAAUAUGCAAGUCCAAACAGGACAGGUAUGUUUUCUAACCUCCACCUUAAAAAAUGUGUCCAAAAGUUCAAUUUUGGUCCUUGCUCUGGACUUAAGUAUAUUUUGGUCCUGACUGUGUUAACAGACAAAGUGAGUUGGUGUAGUGUAUCAAUUAUGCCAAUGGUUGUAAGUAGGCCAUGUUAAUAAGUAAACUGAGAAGACUGCCACAGAAGAUUCGUAACAAAAUCAACAUUGGCUGUAUAUUAUUGCAGGAAAUGAAAAGGCUGGAAUUUGUCAUGCACAUCUGUCUUACAAUAUGGAGAAUAAACCGGCAGUCGGCUGACAGGAUAGUUGAUGUAUGAUUUUACCUUUGGUCUUACCAUUAUCAAUCAGUUGAUUUUUAACUCGAGCAAUGAGGGGUGAGAAACUUGAAAGUGCAAGCUGACUAAAGCUUUUGUAAUGUUUGUUAGUCAAGAACAAGGUAUCUUCAGUUUUGUAGUAUGAUUUGUUUGGCUGUAUGUUACUUCCUUGACAAACCAACAUAUGUAAAUAAUGGAAUACUUCUGUAACAAAUGAAUCAUCCAAGCUAGGUUACCGAAAAUAAGCACUAAAAGUUGGAGUAGAUUGCAAGUCACGUUCAUCAUCUUUACAGUAACAUCUCAUUUUUAUCCAUAAUUUUUAAAAUUAAAUAUUUAAAUCCGUUA